AGUGUCAGAAAAAUAAAAAUUCAUUAUUAUUUCACUCGAAUAAAAUGUUUUUUUUCCAAAUUUAGACGACAAACAUAAUAACUAAAAAUUCAAGAGAGAGAAAAAGAUUAUUGAUUCAUCUUCUUCUUCUUCUCCUUCACAACUGCUGGUAUCAUCAUUGUUUUUACAGACAUCGAUCUGGUACUGUCUUGCUCACCCUAUAUUUAUUCAUUCGUUUUCUCAUUCCAAUAUUUUCUUCUAUAAGGUGCAAUUUCGGCAGAUUUUUUUGUUGUUGUUAUGUUUAUGGUGGUUUGAAUCAAAAUCCUGUGAUUUAUAAAGAUCCGGAUUUAUUUAUCAACAUUUUAGGGUAAUUAUAGAUCCAUUUCCACUGCAAAUUUCAUUUUAUUUUUUUAAUUAGAUUAGAGAAUCUUUGUUCGCAAUUCUUUGAAACUUGUGAUUUAUGCGUUUAUUUUAUUCAUUCUCUGUUGAGAUUCUCAAAACAAAACAAAUACCUCGGAUACCAAAACUGCUGGGGUUGUUUAUUAUCGGGAAUUUGGAGAUCACUUGAGCCAUUAUUAUUAUUGGUUUAAUGGUGCAAUCAUCGGCACGGCAGCUUAUAAAUGUUGGAUAUCAAGAAGGAGGUUUUUGAGAUUUUUAUUAUUUGAUGGGGAAUAAUUGUGUAGGACCGUCGAGUAUAGGUAAAAAUGGAUUUCUGCAAACAGUUUCAGCUGCAGUAUGGCGAUCUAGAGGACAUGAAGAUAUGCUUCCACCUCCUAAUGGAGGAGAAUCAAGCAAGAAUAUUGAUUCCAAUGCCAAAGACAAUGCUGAUGCAAAUACCAAAGCUGCCGCUGCAGCUAAGGACACGGAUACAUCUGCUGGAAAAUCAUCGGAAGCUGCUAAACCAAUCGAAAGUACGGCGCCGGCACCUGUUAUGAUCAAUGGGGAGGAAGCUAAACACGAGUCCGCGAAACCAAAGACGGAGACAGCAGAUGAAAGUAAAGGGGAUCCUUCGAAACAGAAGAAGCCUCACCAUAUUAAGAGAGUGUCCAGUGUAGGACUUCAGGUGGAAUCGGUCUUGAAGAGAAAAACUGAGAAUCUUAAAGAGAUUUAUAGUUUGGGGAGGAAACUUGGGCAGGGCCAGUUUGGCACUACAUUUUAUUGUCUAGAGAAAGGAUCAGGGAAAGAGUUUGCUUGUAAAUCAAUUGCAAAGAGAAAACUGACAACAGAAGAGGAUGUAGAAGAUGUUAGAAGAGAAAUCCAGAUUAUGCAUCACUUGGCUGGUCAUCCCAAUGUUAUUUCUAUCAAGGGUGCCUAUGAGGAUGCUGUCGCAGUUCAUGUUGUUAUGGAAUUGUGUGCUGGUGGAGAGCUUUUUGAUAGGAUCAUUCAAAGGGGUCAUUAUACAGAGAAAAAAGCAGCUGAGCUUGCUAGGGUUAUAGUUGGUGUUGUGGAAGCCUGCCAUUCUUUGGGUGUUAUGCAUAGAGAUCUGAAACCAGAGAAUUUUCUAUUUGUCGACCAAAGCGAGGAGUCACCACUCAAAACUAUUGAUUUUGGGCUAUCAGUAUUCUUUAAACCAGGGGAAACAUUUACAGAUGUGGUCGGUAGUCCUUACUAUGUUGCCCCAGAAGUGUUACGAAAAUAUUAUGGCCCGGAAUGUGAUGUUUGGAGCGCAGGAGUGAUCAUUUACAUUUUGCUAAGUGGUGUUCCCCCUUUUUGGGAUGAAACCGAGCAGGGGAUAUUUGAACAGGUUUUAAAAGGUGAGCUUGACUUUGAAUCAGACCCGUGGCCUAGUAUCUCAGAAAGUGCAAAAGAUUUGGUGAGAAAAAUGCUUGUAAGAGACCCCAAAAAGCGAUUAACUGCACAUGAAGUUCUUUGUCACCCUUGGGUCCAGGUUGAUGGAGUAGCUCCUGAUAAACCUCUAGAUUCUGCUGUUCUUACUCGCUUGAAGCAAUUCUCUGCUAUGAAUAAGCUCAAGAAAAUAGCUAUUAGAGUCAUAGCUGAAAGGCUGUCGGAAGAGGAGAUUGCUGGCCUCAAAGAAAUGUUCAUGAUGAUAGACACAGAUGGUAGUGGGCAGAUCACUUUCGAAGAACUCAAAGCCGGGUUGGAAAGGGUGGGAUCUAAGCUCAAAGAGUCAGAAAUUUAUGAAUUAAUGCAAGCCGCAGACAUUGACAACAGUGGUACAAUAGACUAUGGCGAGUUCUUAGCUGCAACUCUUCAUUUGAAUAAAAUUGAGAGAGAGGAUCAUUUGUACGCAGCUUUCUCUUAUUUUGACAAAGAUGGAAGUGGGUUUAUCACCAAAGAUGAGCUCCAACAGGCAUGUGAAGAGUUCGGUAUGGGAGAUGUUCACCUAGAAGAUAUGAUUGGAGAAGUGGAUACUAACAAUGAUGGACUCAUCGAUUAUAGUGAGUUUGUGGCGAUGAUGCAAGAAGGGCCUUUUGGAAAGACCCUUCAAAAUAGUACCAGCAAUGCAUUCAGAGAUGCCUUGAAGAUUAGCUGAAUUUACACCGAUAGUAAUGAUGUACUUCGCCAAUCUCUGUCUUCUUUUUCUAAAAGAACUGCAUGGUAGUUGUAAAUCUCAUCUAGCAUUCAUAAAGAAACUCCAGUGCAUUUUAGUGUAAAUCUUAGUAGUAUAAUAUUUACUGUUGUAGAUGGUAGAUUAUCUUGGUUUUUCAUUUCUCUUCAUAACUAUGUUUCUUUUUGUUGCAAAUGUUUAUUUCUUACGGCAGUUUCAAAACUUAGUAAUAUAAGAGGGAUAUACAUCUCUCGACUUUUAGGUUGUCUUA